UCUGCCCCUUCAUCCAAGUCAUGGAUGAAUAAAUUGAACAGUACAGCAUUGAACACCACUAGGGGUGACACUAGAGGGACACCACUAGGGACAGGCCUCCAACUAGACCCAGUGACACUGAUUGUAACCCUCUGAAUCUGUUGUUCAGCCAGUCCUUGAUCCACCUCACUGUCCACUCAUCCAGCCCGCAUUCCUGAGUUUGUCUAUGAGGAUGUUAAUAGACAGCGUUGAAAUCCCUACUGACAUCAAGUAGUCAAUAUUCACUCCCCUCCCCUUACCCAUGCAGGUAGUUAUUUCCUUGUAGAAGGCAAUCAGGUUGGUCAAGAUUUACUUCUAGUGAAGCUGUGUUGGUAUUCCUGAUCACCUUCUUGUCAUCCACAUAGGGAGAGAUGGCCUCCAGGAUGAGGCACACCACCACUUUUCCAGGGAUUGAGGUUAAGACUGUUUCACCUGGAUGUGUCACUGAGAAUGAUUUUACAGGCAGGAAAAAAGACGCUGAAGUGCUCUCAGACAUGUUGGCUAUUCUUCAUAGUUACACAACUUUGUUGGUCUUACAGACUAAUCUAGUAAACAAUAGCAAAGCUUGGGCAUGUAGGGAAAUUAAUUUUCAAGUGAGAAUUUCUCCUGUAUGAGAAAUACUGUACUACUCUUACAGUAGUAGUAUUGAUGGUAUUGACGGUAGUUUUAAGUACUAUAUUGUAGGUAAUUAUUCAUAAUGAAGAAACUAUAGAAGUACAGUUAAGAAUUUCCACUAGAAGCUAACAAAGUGCCUGAGAGCACCCUUUCUAUAGAAUAAUAAUUUUUUUAAUUAAAAAACUAUCUCUCUAAGCACAGAAAUUACAGAAAUGUCCCUGAAUGUCAGACGUGAGAUCAGGGUGAAAACAGAAGCAGCUUCUGGGACGAACUGCUGCCCGCUGCAGCACACAGCCUCAGCCCGGACUCCGCCGCACACCCGAACCGGGGCCGAUCCGUCAGGGAACGGCGCCUGCGCCUCGCCGAGGGCCGCUGCGCGCGCAGGGGCCGGGCCGGGCCGGGGCCGGAAGCGGCGGGGCCGCGGGGUUAAAGAGCCGAGCAGCGCCGCCGCUCCGGGCAUCCCCGCCGCCGCUCCCGCCGCACAUCCCGCCGCACAGCGCGCCGGCCAUGGAUGCGCGGGCCCGCGCCAAGCGCUACGAGAAGCUCGACUUCCUUGGGGAGGGGCAGUUCGCCACCGUUUUUAAAGCCAAGGACAAGACGAAUAACCGAAUCGUUGCUAUUAAGAAGAUUAAACUGGGGCAUAGAUCAGAAGCUAAAGAUGGAAUCAACAGGACUGCCCUCAGGGAGAUAAAACUGUUACAGGAGCUAAGCCAUCCAAAUAUUAUUGGUCUUAUUGAUGCUUUUGGACACAAGUCGAAUAUUAGUCUGGUGUUUGAUUUUAUGGAAACAGAUUUAGAGGUUAUUAUAAAGGAUACAAGUAUUGUGUUGACGCAGUCUCACAUCAAGGCAUAUAUGCUGAUGACACUUCAAGGAUUAGAAUAUUUGCAUCAGCAUUGGAUUCUACACAGGGAUCUUAAACCAAAUAACUUGUUGCUAGAUGAAAAUGGUGUUUUAAAAUUGGCUGACUUUGGCUUGGCAAAAUCUUUUGGAAGCCCAAACAGAGUUUAUACACACCAGGUAGUCACAAGGUGGUACCGAGCCCCAGAACUAUUGUUUGGGGCUAGAAUGUAUGGUGUUGGUGUUGAUAUGUGGGCUGUUGGUUGUAUUUUAGCUGAAUUGCUCCUCAGAGUUCCUUUUUUGCCUGGAGACUCUGAUCUUGACCAGCUGACAAGGAUAUUUGAAACACUGGGCACUCCAACGGAAGAACAAUGGCCUGGGAUGACAAGUCUUCCAGAUUAUGUCACAUUUAAGCCAUUCCCUGGAAUGCCACUUCAACAUAUCUUCAGUGCAGCUGGUGAUGAUCUGCUCAGUCUUCUUCAAGGCUUAUUCACGUUUAAUCCUUCCACUAGAGUAACAGCUACUCAGGCAUUGAAACAGAAGUACUUCAGUAACCGACCAGGACCCACUCCAGGAAAUCAGCUUCCAAGACCCAACUGUCCUGCUGAAGCUGCAAAGGAGCCACAAAAUGCACUUUUAAAUUUAAAAAGGAAAAGAACAGAUGGAAUAGAUCAAGGAUUACCAAAAAAACUGAUUUUUUGAUUGCUGUGGAUGAUGAGUGAAAAUGAGUGAAAAUGCCCUGAGUCCCAGCCAUUGAUAAAACGCUGUAAUCGUCGCUGGAUGGUUAUUUUUCAGUAUUUUCAUAUAUAAAAUAUGAACUUAUUAUAUCCUUAUGGACAGAGAACUUUUAUUAACCCUUCAUUUUACAAUAAAAUCAUUAUUGAGAAAAAAAGA